AUGUUGAGCUCGUUCUCUGUGGGCCUCUUUGGCCUGGCCAUUCUCUUGCCAUCCACUCAUGCUCGCAUUCCGCGGCUACCACGCCAGGUUUCAGCUCCUCAAUUCAUCAAUGCCACGGCCACCAAUGUCAGCAGUGUUGCGCUGUCGAUCAACACCAAGGACACGUCGCUCCGCAACACUACAGCGCCAUACCUCUAUGGCUUGAUGCACGAGGACAUCAGCCAUUCGGGCGACGGCGGCAUCUAUGCUGAGCUGCUCACCAACAGGGCCUUUCAAGGUUCAAAUGUCGAGCCGCGUACAGUAGAUGGCCUCAUCGGCAAUGUCAUUGUCGACAGUGAGAACCCAGUCGUCCCCUACGGGCCGGUCCUGACCGGAUGGGCACCCAUUGGAGAUGUGCGGUUGACACUGGACGUGCUCCACCCCCUCUCCGACGCUCUCCCCACCGUUCUUCAGGUCGACAUUCCAGCGAACGCCACUGGGGAGGUUGGUAUCCUGAACUACGGGUGGUGGGGAAUGGACGUAUCCCCUCAGACAUACAACGCUUCCUUCUACGUCUUGGCCAACGAGCCGCGAUACUACAACAACCAGACAACCUUCACCGUCUCAUUGAGGUCUAACCUUACGGGAGAGACCUUCGUUUCGGAGCAGAUUGGGCCUGUGACCGUCUCGACUUUCGACUACACCCAGCUAAACGCUUCGAUAGUCAACACUGUCACGGCCCCCAACUCGAACAACACCUUUGCUCUCACCAUGGAUGCUUCUGACGUCGCCGGCCAGACUCUGUACUUCGGGCUCUUCUCGCUCUUCCCCGAGACCUUCAAGGACCGGCCAAAUGGUCUGCGGAAGGACAUCGCUCAGGCCUUCUACGAUAUGAAGCCGCAGUUUCUGCGCUUUCCUGGUGGUAACAACCUCGAGGGCGUCUCUGUGGAUACGCGCUGGAAGUGGUGGAAGACAAUCGGCCCGCUCAAGGACCGUGCUGGCCGACCCGGCAACUGGAACUACUUCAACACUGAUGGACUCGGCCUUAUGGAAUACCUUGAGUGGUGUGAGGAUAUGGAGAUUGAGCCCGUGCUCGCUGUCUACGCUGGUUUCUCGCUUGAUAUCUGGGGUCAAGCUGGCAUGGACUGGCCACAGGACAGAAUGCCUGAAGUCCUCCAGGAGGCGAUUGACGAGCUUGAGUUUUGCAUGGGUGAUACCUCGACCAAGUGGGGUGCCAAGCGCGCUGAAUUUGGACACCCGGAGCCGUUCAACAUCAAGUUCGUCGAGAUUGGCAAUGAGGAUUGGUUCUCCUCCACCUAUCCGCGCAGGUUCACGUUCAUGUACGAAGGCCUGAAAGCUGCGUACCCCAACAUCACUUACAUUUCCACGGCCUACAACGAAAACUCCGAGUACACCAUUGACAUCCCUGCCGGCGCCUAUUGGGACACUCACCACUAUGAGGAACCAAGCUAUUUCCUUAGCAACUUUGACUUCUACGACAACUGGCAAACCGACACCGAGAACGAAGACGUCGGUGUGUUGCUCGGGGAGUUCAGCGUCUACCAGCUUGACACGCCCGAUGGUGUUGUCAACUUCUCCAACCCGGCGGAUGUCCACGUGUUCUACCCGCGUAUGAUCUCUGCGAUUGCGGAAGGUGUUUACGCGCUGGGUGGCGAACGCAACCCGAAGACGGUCAAGCUCAGCAGCUACGCUCCCAGCCUGCAGAACCGAAACUGGUACAACUGGACCCCCAACAUGAUUAGCUUCGAGGCCGACCCCACCAAAACCGUGCUCAGCACCAGCUACUGGCAGCAGCUGCUGUUCGCACACUACCGGGGGACUGAGACCCUGCCUGUCACCAACUCGCAGGGCGACUUCAACCCGGUUUACUGGCAGAGCAGCAUCGAGGAAACCACUGGUUCAGUCUAUCUGAAGGUCAUCAAUGCUGGCAACCAGACGAUGCCUCUAAGUGUCACCAUCGACGCUGCAUACAGCAAGGUUAACGGCACCAUCAUGCAGCACGACGACCUCAACGGUUUCAACUUUGUAAACAACCAAACGGCUAUCGUGCCUUAUCCGCUGGGCGCCAACGGCACUGCGCUGCCUGCCAAAUCUUCCAAUGGAAGCUUCAUCUGGACUGUACCAAUUCACUCCAUCACUGUUCUGCAGUUUGACCUGUGA